AUGGAAUAUUCCACUCUUUCUGCCCUCUCUCACGCCUUACCUUGCAAAGACUUAUGCUUGCAGAAUGAGGAAGACAAGCAUGAAAUUUUUACUUCUAAAGUAUUACAUGGAUCACAAAAGAAAUAUUCUCUGCAAAGAAAGUUGUUUAACAGAUCCAUACAUUUCCGUGAUCAUUUAAAGAGAAAUCCAUCUUCUUAUUAUGCCUCUGAGGCUUUCAUGCUCAAAGAAAUAAUUUCAGAAUCAAUGCUUCAAAAACCUAAACUGUAUUCAUUUGAGUAUCAAUAUCAUAUUACAGACAAAGAUAAUAUUCAUUAUGCUGACAAAUUGUAUAGUAAUAACUUUCAAACAGUUAUGAAUGAUGAUGGUGAUCAUUUUGCUUAUAUGAAACUUGAUACAUCAAAAACAGGAAAAAAGUCAGCACGAAGCGAAGAGAGAAAAAUGGACAAGAUUGUUAGCGUAAUCUCUGUUUCAAACCCUUUAAAUAUUUAUCUCAAUCAAAUACUAGCAUUAACAAGAUCCAACUACUUGUAUCACUUUCAUUCGGAGAAUGGACAAUUAAUUUAUGAACAGAAAAUUCCUCUCAUUCUCUUUAUCGGAAACUCUUCACAAAGUGAUGUCUCUUCUACAAAUGCAGCUUGCAUUCGAAAUAAUGUUCACUUUGAGACUAUUUAUUUUGUUUCAAAUUUGAAAAAUAGAAGUGCCAUACAAGUGACCAUUCUCGAAUUUACAAACAAAAGUUAUUCAUUUGCAUUGAAAGCAAAAUUUCUUCUUAAAAAGUCAGUGUUUGGGAAAAAGCUCUCAACAGUUUCUCUUCACUCCAAUUUAUUAUUUCUUGGAUAUAGCAAUGAUGAAGUGAAAAUAUUUAAUUUAGAUGAGCUCAUUCAAAAUUUCUCAAUACAUGUUCUGAAUGGAUCUCUGUUGGAUGUCGGUUAUUAUGGACUUAAAAAUCCACUACCUAUCACACUAGAGAUUGACCCAAACACUCAUCCAUUGAUUUUAACAAAUAUGAGCUACUCUAUUCCAAAAUCUAUCAUGUAUCCUUUGUUUGCAGGUAUGAAAUGUGAUGCAAAAGAAGGAAAUGGACUGUUAGAGCUUUCUACGAAAGGCUUUUGCAAGGUCAUUGCGAAAACAGAAUAUAUUUAUCAUGACGUGUCUGUUCCUUAUUGCCUUACAACAUUAAGAAAACAUCAAUCUGAUGGAAAUUUAGAGUUUGAACUUUGGAAAUUGAAAACCAAUCACUUCUUAUCAAUGAAUAAUUUUGAUCGUUACUGUUUGGAUAAAAUCAAAGACGAGCAACAAUACUUGAUAUUUAAAGAUACCACACCUCAGGAAGGAACUCUUUCAUUUACUCCUCUUUCGCCUUGCAUAAUUGUAGAUAGACAUGACCGAAUAUUGAUGAUGCACCCUCAAUUCAUUCGAUGCGUUUCUGUGAAUAGAGAGACAAACAGUCUCGUUUUCAAUUACGAAAUAACGGUAGACUCGUUGAAAGAAAUGACUCGGCAAUCGUUGUGGACUUCUAACGCUUCUAUUGGCCAAUACAAGGCACGUCAAGCCAAGAAAAAUGUCACAUAUUAUGCCUAUGAUUUUCUGAGUGUGGACUAUGAUUCUGAGACAGAUUUGACUGUUGCUUUAUUGUCGAAUGGGGAUAUAUUUUUGAUAGAAAACUCCAAAGGAUCUGUACUCAUGCAUUUCAAUCUGUGUGACGUUCUCCCGAAAAAGGUCUUGCGGGAAGUGUGGUAUCAAACUCCAUCGUAUGAGAUCACCAUAAUGCUCGCCUAUGACAAGAUCAUGCUUGAAUAUCAAAUAGAGGAAAGAAAAGUGGUUUGUCUAUGCCUAAGUCUGAAAUAUCGACAUUAG